AUGUCAUACAUUAGCAAUGUCAUAGAAGGCCUCAAGCCUGCGAUUCUGAUGGUGGUGGUUCAAUUUUCUUAUGCUGGGGUUAGCAUCUUGUACAAAUUGGUUGCCAAUGAUGGCAUGAGCUUGAGUGUCCUUAUGGCCUAUCGCUUCCUCUUUGCAUCGGCUUUCAUGGUUCCUCUUGCCUUCUUCAUUGAAAGGAAGAGCAAGCCAAAGAUCACAGUGAAAGUGGUCAUUCAAUCAUUUCUUUGUGGACUUUUUGGAGCAUCCUUACAACAAAAUUUGUUUGUGGAAGCGGUGGCUUUGGCAACUGCAUCAUAUGCUACGGCCAUGUACAACCUCAUUCCUGGUGCCACCUUCAUCUUAGCCGUUUGUUUUGGAUUGGAAAGUUUAAACGUUAGAACAUCAACAGGGAAGGCCAAAGUGCUUGGCACUCUAAUGGGAAUUGGUGGAGCCAUGAUCCUCACCUUCUAUAAGAGCACUGAGAUUCAUCUCUGGUCAACGCAUGUGAACCUCAUUCGACAUAUACAGCCACACAAUGUUUCUACAACUCAAAUUUUGGGUUCUGCUCUUGCUUUGGGCACUUGUAUCUCAUAUUCAAUAUGGUUGAUAAUUCAGGCAAGGAUGAGUGAGAAGUUUCCUUGGCAUUAUACAAGUGCGGCUUUGAUGUCAGUGAUGGCCUCCAUUCAAUCAAUUAUAUUUGCUCUAUGCAUGGAAAGAGAUUGGAAUCAAUGGAAGCUUGGCUGGAAUAUCAGACUUCUCACUGUAGCUUAUACGGGUAUUGUGGCCUCUGGACUAGCUUGGGUUCUCAUUAUGUGGUGCGUGCGAUUAAAAGGCCCACUUUAUGCUUCCAUUUUCAACCCUCUCUUCCUUGUUCUAGUGUCCAUUGCAGGGUCUCUGAUAUUAGAUGAAAUGCUCCAUUUGGGCAGCAUAAUAGGAUCAGUAUUGAUUAUCUCCGGGCUAUAUAUUGUCUUGUGGGGUAAAGGUAGAGAAUUAAAGAGAAUUGCAGAGCAAAAGAUAACAAAAGGCUCACACGGAGUUGAACCAUUGGAGAUAAUUACCACAAAUCAUGCAGAUGGUAAAAGUGUUGAAAAUGAUAGCAGUGACUUGAAGAAUGGUAUUAGUACUCAGUUUAACGGUCAUUUAUCAAAAGAAGGAAAAGGACAAAAUGCAGUGAAAGAUGUUUCAAUAAAUGACACAGAAGAAAAUAAAAUCAAGGAUAUCCCAAUUGACCAUCAAGGAUUCAAAACCUAG